AUGGACCCGACCGGGAGCGAGGAUACUCCUAUCCGGCAAGAGGACGACCUGGGAUCCCGAGUCCGGAAUCUCAUCCGCCAGUGCGAAGCCAAGAUCAAGCUCGAGGAAGAGCUUCGAGAUGGCGAACUACAAAAAAUCAAGCGCGAGACCAGGCGGAUUCUUGCCAAGGCGCUCGAGAACCCGAGGUGGGACCCGGAACUGCUUAGGAUGAAGCUCAUGCCCCAGGACUCGGAGUACCGCUGGGUCAAGAGACGUUCGUGGGAGAAGAUUGAUGCGCACCGGAACGACCUACAUGAGGAGUUGAAGAAGAUUAGGGAUGGGCUGGCAGAUGGUCCGCCGGAUGGUUUGAACACGCCCGAGGAUAGCAUGGUUCUCUUUGGGGAUGGUGAAGUCAGCCCCGUUGGCAUCAGCCUCCGUGGUGUAGAAAGCGACUGCCUUAGGGAACGACCGAGCAAUGGCCCCGCUUCGAAUGACUCUGUUGACGGUUCUUCUGUGCCCUCUGCAGCUCCGAGUCUAAGCCGGGGUUGGUCCCUCGUUGAGGCAGGCAUAUUGCCUCCCGAGCAGCGCUUGUCUGGGAAACGACCCCUACAAGACGAAUCCACAAUAGAAGUUGCCCCCGUUCGAAAAAAGGCAAGACAUGGCAGUGUCGGCGCCGAAGGACGAUACAACACGGCGACUGGAAAUCCACCCAAGGAGCUCCGCAAAAUCACGUUUGACGAGGUGUACCAGAACGGCGAGGCAGAAUAUAAGCAUGCGAUAGUCCAAUUCCCGGCAAAAGGGCGACGGAAGAAGUGGUACAUUGUCAAGUGCGAGACAUCCGAGCAUAAAGUCCAUUUUGCAGGUGAAAGGGGCGUCUUACGAAGCGCUGCGUCACAUUUGGCAUCCAGCUUGCAUGGGCUGUACAAGUCUUAUGGCAAUUCUAUUGAGCACCUUGGAUGGGAAGUCGUCGGUUGCAAUGAGAAGCUGGCGGAGCUGAACAACCGCGCAAUGGACAAGGCCAUUAAGGAGGGAUACAAACCUCUUAACACAGUUGAGUGCGGGACCAGCUCCAAGGCCGGAACCAUGAAGAACUCGAUUGGCCAACGGGAUCAGUCUGACGAGAAGAAUGAGAAACUUACCCCCGAAGGCAGCAACAGCAACAACAAUCGUGUUACUGUUCGGGGUAAGAAAUCAUCUUCCUCAAUAAAACGAAGCGAUAUUCUUCCCGAGAGCCCGAUUACGAGACCCGAAGACGGGGGGAUCUACUAUGCUUUCUGGCCUCCCGACCAGGUUUUUUACUUGGUCUUCGUGCUUGGAUGGGACGGCUCGCCCAACUCUGGGCUUCCAGAAACCGGGGGCGGGCUCAACGGCUUCGGCCUCCUGGACCGAAACAAGACCAGGAUCCCGCCCUGCUACAAAAUUGACUGGAAGGUCCCCCGUAUUCUGGGAUGGGUUGAGGGGUACCGCGACGGGGAGUCGCAGGAGGCUACGCGGGAGUUUCCCAUUAUGUUUUUCGAUACUCCUCAAAACACGGGGGGUUGGAUAGAAGCAGCUUACUUGGCUCACUUCGACCCCGAGAAUCCUAUAUAUAGAUCCGCGGAUUCUCGAUUCGUCAUCGAGCCCGAGCAAGUGGAGCUCGCUCUCAAAGCCUAUGCCAGAUGCCGGGGCUUCUCCUCGUAUCAGCAGUUCAGAGAGAGUGGCCCUCGCCCCUGUGCCGUGACGGACAGUUCUCCUCCGUCGCCGGGUAUUACCCCGAACAUCCGGACGAGAAGCGGCAGUAGCCGGGAUCAGAGGGCCGUGCGGAGGUCUUUACGGAUAGUUAACGUGGAUGCGGGGUGGGAUGGGGAGGAGGAUGAUAGAGCAUCCGAUUGGGCCAUGGGGAAGGAGGUAGAGGGAGGGGAGAAAGAUGAGGAUGAUGAUGGGGUUGAGAAGGGUGCGAAGGAUGCAAAUGGCAGCUACCUUCGCGGCAGCCCGGAACUGGGGGAAAUGAACCAAACAGUUCAUGAAGGGCCGGUUCGUGAUGCCGAUGAGAACACAGUUCCCGUAGGCCCUGUUGACGACGCCGAUGGGAACUCCAGCGACCCAGAUGCCCCGACUAGUAGGUUCAAUAGUAGGCAGCGACCUAGCAGGCGUAGGGUCAUUAGAGAGACGCCCUCGUUGCCAGAUGACAGACCUGCUAAGCACCUCGACGAGGAUGGAGACGAACUGGUAGGUGAAGGGACAGUCGAGGAGACUGACGAAGGGCCCGGCAACCAUUUAAUAGAGCGAGAGAAUAGUCCCAAGCCGGACGUACCAACCGAGCCCCGGGCACGGGAAUGUGACUCGGAUAAGCAAGAGGCUCUGGCAACAUCAGGCGCCAGAAGCGCGAGUAGACGAGCCUCGCCAAUGACUCUCCCAGCCACUCAGCCCGUGAGAGAUACUUCCUCCAUGGAGCCGGCUGCUGCUAUAUCGCGGCCUCCCAUUCGAGCUGUGGCAAAAUGCUCUGCGACGCUGGGGUCGGAGCAACAACCGGGGACGUUUCCCUUAGUGAGGUACAGCGACGGGACCGUUACAUGGUCCAAAGGGGCGGAUAACAAUAAAUUGGUUCUCCGCAUUGACGAGCCGACGGGAACGGCACGCGGGGCUCUCAAGGGCGGUACCGAAAUUGAAAUCAACCCCAGACAUAUCCUCUCACAGCAUCGAAUCCGCGAUCGCGAGACGGGAUACGUGAGGCUUACUUUCGUACUCGAGGAGGCUGGAGAGAAGAAGGAGUGUGUGCUCUUUUUUGCGGACGAGGAGGAGGGAAAGACAAGUUCUCGGCUUGCUCGGGAAUUUUGGACUUGGGCGAAGGAGAAGAGGGAGAGGUCUGACAAUGGUGGGGGGAAGGACAAUUCAUGA